CAUCAUCAUAUCCAGCUCCAGCUAUACUAAAAACCCAACACUACUACUGCAGCAGCAGCACUAGCAGAAAGACAGAGACAAGAUUGUAGACAACCAAGCACCCCUUUUAACAUCUUCCCCCCACCAUUAAACUAAUAAAGAAACAAUCUUGUCUUACAUUACUAAACUCUAGUAUACCCAUGAGAAUCAGCACCAUUAUUACAAUCAAACGCUCCUUCUUAUUCUUCUUUUGAGACCAACAAGAAUCCAAUUUUCUUUCGAUUAACCCUAGAAAAGUUGCAGCUUCAAAUCAAUACAAUUUCCCAGAUGCUACCAUCUCUUUUGGUCUGUUCAAUGCUGCAGUUGAAAACCUUGAUUUCUUCUUGAGAAAAAACCCUAAUUCCAGUAUCAAUCAAUCGUUAUCAAGAAAAUGUCGAAAAAAGCAUCGGUCUUGAGUAAAAAACGUCAGGGUUUAUUACAUCAUAGAACAUCAUGGUGUUGUUCUUUUACUAAUCCACCUAAAAGUCCUGAGAAUUUAUCUUCUUUUCAGCAAUCUAAAUUGAUUCAUCAGAAAUUUGGGGGUGGUGGGGGUGGUGCUGCUGCUGCUGCUGGAGGUGGGGUUGCGAAGAAUUCUUCUUUGGGUAAAAGAAUGGAUCCUCGGCGGAUUUUGUCACCGGGAAGGGUUUCUCCGAUUAACUCUGAUAAUACUUUGACUGAAGAAAAUGAUGUUAGGGUUGAGACUGUGGAGACUUGUUCUGUAAUUGGAUCUCCUUUGCCUGAGAAGUCGCCGGAGAGAGUUGUAGAAGAGGAUGAAGAAGUUGUUGUUGGUGUUGUUUCUAAUGAGAAGUAUGAUGUUAGGUUAAAUUUGAAAGGAAGAGAUGGGAGUAGUUUGGUGUUGGAAUUAGAUUCUAAGGUUUUGAGUGAAAAUAGUUCAGUUUUUGCUAAUUUGAUUGCUGAUUGUCAUAAGAAUUCUGGGGGUGUGGCGAAUUUGUGUAGAAUUGAGGUUCAUGAGGUUGACAAUUUGAGGGUUUAUCAUCAGACUAUUGAGCUUAUGUUUGCUGAUGAUAUUAUGAAGAGUUUUGUUCAAAUGGGUGUUUCGAAAUCAAUUGAUGCACUUGAGGUAGCAGCAGGAAUCAUGUUUACUAGGGGUGUAUUAUCAUGUUUGAAGUACCUUGAAGCUGUUCCCUGGAGUGAGGAUGAAGAGGAGAAACUGAAGAGCCUUUUUACCAGAUAUACAUUUGACAAAAAAACAACUGAAGAUGUAUUGGGAAGACUAUAUCCAGGAGAAGAGUCCACCAACUCCCAACCUUAUAUAGCUGUCCAGCUCAUUAAUUCAGUUACAGGUUGUACCAAUUUCAGUUCAUCAAGGCGAGAGCUCAAGUCCUUAGUGAAGGGCCUCUUAUCGAAGAGCUCAGUUUAUGUAAAAGACCUAACUGCUCUCAAAAAGGAGGAUCUUUAUCAAAUUUGUCAGUCUUGUCUGAAUUCACUGGUUGAAGUUUUCAAGGAGGCCGCUGAUUCUGUUGUACAUGAGGAAGGAGGUUCAUCAAGUAAAGCGGGAACUUCUACACAGCCUUUCAUAGAGCGAAUCUCAGUGCAAGUUGAUAACAUCAAGUGGCUAUUUGAGAUUUUGGGGGAACAACAAAUGGCCGAAGAGUUCGUCAAUCUUUGGGCAGAACAGGAAGCUUUACUGGCAAUGCAUAAAAUUGUUUCACCGAUGGUCAGGUAUGAAGUUAGUCGGAUUUCAGCGUCAGUGUUCAUUGCACUUGGGAAAGGUAUGCUGCUUUGUCCGUCAGAGUCUAGAUGUGGUGUUUUCCAGUCGUGGUUUAGGCCAAUGUUGUCAGACUAUGGUUGGUUACAGAGAUGCAAGAAAGGACUAGAUGUAAAAGUUUUGGAGGAAUCCAUGGGGCAGGCACUUCUUAUGCUACCAAUGAAACAUCAACAUGUGUUCUUCAUGGAGUGGUUUGAAUCUUAUUCUAAGCAUGGAGCUGAGUGUCCUACUCUGAGUUCCGCCUUCCAAAUUUGGUGGCGUCGGUCUUUUUUAAGAGGCUCCAAAUCUUCUCAUACUAUUGAACUAGAAGCACCAGAAUCAUGAUAGCUACCUCUCCCUCAUUCUUCUCUCUUAUUUCUCUAGUCUUUGCGAUUUGUAAUGUUGUACAACUAGUAUAGUUAGUUUUCUGGUUUCUGUAUCUGGCAUUAUGCUCAAUUUUACUGAUCUGUGCAGAAUUGGAAGAAAGAAAAAAAAGUUUGUCAUAAGAUUGAGUUCAGUUAGCAUUUGUGAAUUGA